UUCUUCUUAUACUUCCAUGGUGUAUGAACCUACUUUCAUCCAUGGUAAAGUCAGAGACAUCUGUGCAACAUACUUAUACAGUCUGUGAUACUGCCACACAGUGUUGCUCUCAUGUUAGCACAGGCAUCCAAGACAUGGAUCAAGGACACGCACGCACGCACACACGCACUCUUAUACGUCACUUCCGCCACCUCCUUAACAAACCAAGAUGGCGGCUGUGGUGGAGAGAGUUGAUGGAUGUGUUGGGUCCCUGGACUCGAACACGAUUGCGCCCAGACAGUCGGGUUCUCCCGCAGAUCCAUCCCACCAGAACAACCCGCUGUUGGGAUUACCUAUUGUGGCCAUAGAGACGAUUCUCAACUUUCUUUCUUACGAUGAAAUCAGCCUUCUGCGUUCGGUGUGUAAACGCCUGGACAUGAUCUGCCAGCGCGUGCUGAACCAGGGCUUCCUGAAGGUGGAGAGAUACCACAGUCUGUGCCAGAGGCAGGUCAAAGCACAGCUGCCUAGACGAGAGUCAGAGAGGAGGAACCACUCUUUGGCCCGUCAUGCAGACAUCCUGGCUGCUGUGGAGACUCGGCUCUCUCUCCUUAACAUGACCUUCAUGAAAUAUGUUGAUUCCAACUUGUGCUGCUUCAUACCUGGAAAGGUCAUAGAUGAGAUCUACCGUGUACUGAGGUAUGUAAACUCUACUCGUGCUCCUCAGCGGGCACAUGAGGUGCUACAAGAGCUGCGGGACAUCUCCUCCAUGGCUAUGGAGUACUUUGAUGAGAAGAUUGUUCCCAUUUUGAAGAAGAAGCUGCCAGGAGCUGAACUCACUGGUCGCAUUAUUGGCACUGUGCAAGUGGCUGGUCCCUCCACCUCCUUGACCACCAUGUCUCUUCUGGCCAAAAACACACCAUCUCGCUCAGAGAUGACCAAAGUGCAGCAGCAGGUGAAAGUGAAUGGUGCCUCCAUGACCGUUUUGCGCAGAGAGAUGCAGGAAAUUCGCGUGAAGCAGCUGGAGCAACAGAAACAGCUGCAAGACCAGGAGCAGAAACUCCUGGAGCAGAGUCAGGUGAUGGCAGAGCAAAAUGCACGGCUUGCAGAGCUGGAACACAAGCUGCGAGAGCUGCUGGACAGUAGUGCGGCUGCAAUGGGGUCCCAACCUGCCUCUGCUGCCCCUUCCACUUCCACCUCCUCCCCUGCAAGUAACGUGGCCACUGUGAUACUGGCAGGAAGUGCCAGUCCAUCUGUGCCCAAAGACCAGGAUAGACCCCUCAAACGCACAAGGAAAAGCUCAGAGCUCCCCCGGCACUCGAAACGCCUGCGCAGCAAAAAAUAAUGGAGAAAAAAAAAAAAAAAAAAGCAGUUGGACUGAUCACUCGUGGACUGGACACAUCCCCCAACCUCAAAAGUCAUAAGCGCCCCCCCGCCCAUGUCAGUGUUUCUGUCAUAUUUUCCUGACCACUUCUUAUUGUUUUUGUAUGUAUUUUUUCUUUUUGUUAAUUUGGAUAUAAGAAAAUGUCCUAGAUUGGCGUUUUGCAAUCUGUCUUUUGCCAUGUGCAAAAAAGCACAACUAACCUGGUUUCAUGAUGUUGAAAGAACGAUAACUGCAGCAGUGACGCACUGUUGACAGUACUAUCCUACACAGAGGUGUGCUGGGCCAUUGUGAACUUGACGGCAUACUCUGUACAGCUGCUCUUGGUCUUCUCCAAAUAGUGAAAGAACAAUUAAGUAAAUCAUGCACCCUAAAUUUAGUUCUGAGCCCGUUCUUUGGAGCGUGUGUGGAUCUACCACAUCUUAUUUGUCACCCAGCGUUUUGUGCAUGGUCCAUGUCCUGCGCCUAAAACCAUAUGAAAUGGUAAACAUUUAGAAACAUGCAAAUAUCUUUUAUUUACAUAAAUCUUUUUAUCUCUUGGUAAAAGCGCCAAGGAACUAUACACACGUUAGCAUUGAUCCAGUAUCUUCCUUAAGACAGAGCUAAAGUGUACAACAGAAAUGACUGAAUAAAAAGGUUACUGCCUACAGUUUGAAUAUGGUCCCUCUGUACAGCAGCACUACAUCACCUGAAUAUCAUGUCAUAGACUUGUUGCCUGUGGGAUUUCUUUAGAAAGGUCAUAUUUCUCUUGUCUUUUAAUAUUUUCUUUAUUUAGAAGGCUUUAUUGGCAUGAUAAUUUUGUGAAAAAGGUUGACAAACAGUUGACAAAAAUGUGUGAAAACACAGUCAGCAGUCAUAUAUAUAAUCUAGUGUCUUAUUUUGAGACUGAGUCUCAGUUUAGAAAUCUGUACUGUAAUCUCUGUAAUUUAAAACUGUAGAUUGUGAAUUAUCUCAUUUAUGUAUACCAAGAAGAAGUAUCUUCAAAGUUUGCCUAUUUGUGGCCAACUGUGGUUUUGUUGCACACUAUUGUUAAAAUGUACAAAUGGAAAAAAACAAAUAAAACAACUCAUCAAUUGAUA